AUUGGUCCGGGCUGGUCUCUGGCAACACUUAUAACCGUCCUCCUUUGCCAGGUUCUCCAGUGAAUGCCUUCAUCAUGAUGACUUCACGGUUUGUUGCAGGGGCUUCCCUCUUUGCGAUGCUGAUUGUGAGCAUGUGCUGCCUUCCUGUUCAGCAAGGCUCUUAUCCUGGUGGAAGUAAACCCAACACAGCUCCUAAUGUUGGCUUGUACCAGCAAUGGCCCUCUGCUCAGUUUUCACCUGAGGCUGUUGAGUAUUACAAUGGGACCUACCAAUCACUUUAUAAGGCUGUACCACAGCAGGAGCCCAGUGUCCCUAAGCUAACUGCUCAAAGACAACCAGAACCUGCUGUUGGUCCUGGUUCUUUUGGACCGGUUAAUUCAGGUUACAGGGGAACUUCAGCAAGGCAAAACCCUGACAACUCUGCUCAACCAGAAGCUGCUUAUCAACCUGCCCCUCCAGAAGUCAAAUGGGCUGUUGAACCUCCCAGGAUGUUCUCCGGAGGUGAGGAAGUGUCGACAGGCACCCGUGCCGUUGUCUCCAGUCAACCAGAAAACAUGAGUCCUCCUGGAUCAUUUUACCAGGCAGGGGAGUUGUCCACUUAUUCCCAAAUCUUAGAGCAGGGUAACUCUGAGCAGGAGACGGAGGACCUAGUGCCUUCUCGACGACCUUUUCCUCCAGGACCUUAUCAAGCUCCACCUCCUAGGUCAGAGUCUGCGGGACGAGGAUAUGCUAGACCAAGCUUAACCAGCGAACCUCGACCAGAAGCCAACACGGGCGGAGUUGUGGUCCCUUAUCGGUUCUACGACUUCUUCUUCCUGAACGGAAAGUACCCCCCAGGCACAUUCAGUUUUUCCAGCGACAGCUACGAGCAAGGAAGAGACAGCUUUCAAGAUGUUGGCUAUGUGAGAGACUAUUUUCCCAAUAACCCUGCACCCGUACAGGGGCGCCAGGCCGCCGCUGCUGCUGCACCCGUCCAGAACUUUUACACACCCAGGAUACCCGUGAUGGCUGGUUCUGGACGGGAUGGUGCAAAGACUGCUUCCCCUAGAGGCUUCAGGCAGCCAAUCCGCAACCAGGCCCCUGGCUACAACUUUGGUUAUGGUGGAUACUAGUGACGUGGAUGCCUACAGCAUGAACAAAGAUAUCUGCUAAAUAAAUAUUUUGUUAAUUACUCUGGCUUCAAGGUUGAUACUCUUGACUUGGGAACUCUCUUGCAGAAGGAGAAACCCAAUUUUUAAGAUGGUUUAAAACCUCCUGUGAAAUCACUUUAAUAUAAUUUGGGAUUGUAUUGUUAUUGCACGGCUACUCUUAUUUACGAUUUCCAUUGGCAAAAGAUGGUAGAUGGUACACUAUUUAUAAAAUAAAUGUAUCAGUGGGCUAAGUACUACAAAAGUUUUUUGUUUUUUUUUAAACAUCUUUUUUUUUGUUGCUGGCCCAAGAUAAGAGGUACUUUAAACCAAAUUGGGGAAAUGUUUGCAUUGCAGCAGCA